AUGAUCAGACUUUUUCUUCGAAGCACCGUCAACUCCGUCCGAAAAAUGUCUACCUCUGCCGCCGGAACCGAGCCGGCACCCGCCAAGGUCGCCAAAGCUGUUAACGCGGGCGCCAAGCAAAAGAAGUCUAAGAAAAACGAUCUGUAUCUCUUGAAAACCCCAAAAGGAACCAAGGACUGGGCCGAUAAGGACAUGGUUCUCCGUGAGGAGAUCUUCGGCACUCUCUCUAAAGUUUUCAAGAGACACGGAGGUGUCACCAUUGACACCCCAGUGUUCGAGCUCCGGGAGUUCUUGACCGGAAAGUAUGGUGAAGACUCCAAGUUGAUCUACAACUUGGAAGAUCAGGGAGGUGAGUUGACCUCGUUGAGAUACGACUUGACUGUUCCUUUUGCCCGUUUUGUGGCUACCAACAGCAUUGCCAACAUCAAGAGAUACCACAUUGCUAAGGUCUACAGAAGAGACCAGCCUGCCAUGACCAAAGGCAGAAUGAGAGAGUUUUACCAGUGUGACUUUGAUGUUGCAGGCGCCUACGAUACCAUGAUUCCAGAUGCCGAGGUCUUGGCUGUCACCUGUGAGGGUUUGCUCGGUUUGGGUAUCCGUGACUUCAAGAUCAAAGUCAACCACAGAAAGAUUUUGGACGGUAUCUUCCAGGCUUGUGGUGUCAAGGAAGAGGAUGUCAGAAAAAUCUCCUCUGCUGUCGAUAAAUUGGACAAGUUGCCAUGGGAAGCUGUCAAGAAGGAGAUGACCGUGGAGAAGGGCCAGCUGGAGGAAGUCGCCGACAAGAUCGGUGAGUUCGUCAAGGUCUCUGGCUCUAUUGUUCAGACUCUCGACUACUUGCGCUCUGCAACCCUUUUGAAGGACUCUGAAGCCGCUCAACAAGGUAUCAAGGAUAUGGAGAGUUUGGCUGAAUAUGCCGAGGCUUUCUCUAUCGAGGGCCACUUGUCAUUUGACUUGUCGCUUGCCCGUGGUUUGGACUACUACACUGGUAUGAUUUUCGAGGCUGUCACCGCUGGCUCUGCUCCACCUACCAACGCUGAAGAGCUCAAGAAGAAGGCUCAAGGUAAGGAGGCUGGUAAGGAAGUCGAGGAUGCCAGUGAGUACGUCGGUAUUGGUUCUGUUGCCGCUGGUGGCCGUUACGACAACUUGGUUGGUAUGUUCUCAAACGGUAAAACCGUUCCUUGUGUCGGUACCUCUUUUGGUGUUGAGCGUUUGUUCUCCAUUGUCAAGGCUCGUUCCGCCAAGGACUGGGACAAGUUGUCUCCAACUCACACUGACGUCUUCAUCAUGGCCUUCGGUGGUGGCGAAGGCUGGACUGGUUUCUUGAAGGAGAGAAUGGCCGUUGCCAAGAAGUUGUGGACUGCCGGUGUCAACGCUGAGUAUGUCUACAAAGCCAAGGUCAACCCACGUAAACAGUUCGACGCUGCCGAAAAGUCUGGUGCUAAGGUCGCCGUCAUCUUGGGUAAGGAAGAAUUCCCAGCCGGUAAGGUCAGAGUGAAGAUUUUGGGUCGUGGUGACGACAGUACCGAGGGUGAUCUUGUUGACGCUGACAACUUUGUUGACUACGUCAAGGAACAGUUGUCUUCCUACCACGAGGAUGGUGUCGAUGUUGUUGCCAGAAUGGUGAAGAACUUGUAG